GCGCGCGAUCCACGCGUUCGUUCUUUAGUUAUUCUAAGCCCGAUGCGAUCGCGAACGCGACGUUUUGUCUCCGUCUUUCUGUUUUGACAAUUCGUUUAAAUGGAAGUAUUGAGGACUAACCUCGUUUCCCGUUGUAUCUAUUCUCUUUAACAUGGUGUGACUAUGCUUUGUUGACGUACAAAAGCAAUGUUAGCUCUACUUUCCUAAGUUAAACAAAAGUGAAUAAGUUUUCUAAAAUUCUGAAGUCGUUCAGCUACAGAACUAGAAGCAACCGUUAGUGUUACUGUACAUUUAAUUAUCUAGAAAGAUAAAUCCAGCCGCUCGCCGACGCACUGUAAUGAAAAAUGUAUAAGCAAGACUUUAUUUUACUGAUAUGCGCGUGCGGCGCGCUGGCCGCGCUCGACGGCUACAGCCCGCAGCAGGAUCCGGACCAGUUCCACAUACAGACCGACGAGGAUGACGAGCGCUACUUCCUUUACCAGACCCACAACGGACAGUACAGGAAGGAGCGCAGGCUGAAAGAUGGAUCAGUUGUCGGUACGACUGGAUGGGUCGGUGCAGAUGGCUACCUAAGGCUGCAAGACUACAUAGCUGACAAUGAAGGCUACAGAAUAUAUAAAUCUAAGACUGUUUUUGUUGGACAAAACCGACCAAUUGGGGAAUCACUGAAAAUAGCAAAAACCGCACCAACAGACUCUGGCUUCGGCGUAACACCUGCACCAGCCCACCGACAGGUGCCAGUGAAUCGAGGCACCCCUCGCUUCAGCACCACCACCCAAGCCCCAGUGCCAUCUUCAUCAUUCGCCCCACCCUUCCCCUCGGAAGUAUCAAUCACAGCUCGUCUUCCGACGUCAACACCUCGCGUCCACGUAUCGCCAAACUCUUUCGAUACCACAACCCCGCACUACGACUUCAGACCUACCGUCCCACCGAUAACCGCAAGCGGAGCCUCACCUCCAAACCCAUAUGACACUAACAGCAUCGAUGAUGGCUACUACGCCAGCGACAGCACACCAUACAGAAGAGUCGACAUAUACAAUCCGAAUUCUUAUAGACACGCGGAUGCCUGGCUCCAAAGGCAGAGAGCCGGAGCUCAGGUCGGCGAUGGCUACACUCCUCAAUUCCCUGGCUACGACGGCGUAGCAUUUAGGAGAAACGGGUUCCGGUAUUAUCUACCGAAACAGUACCAUGAGGAGGAAACCGAUGGUUCCGACGAACGCACGGGCAGCUUCGGCUACGUAGACCCGUUCGGUAUCCGCAGAGUCAUAUACUACAACACCUCGCCGGGGCAAGGGUUCCAAGUACGCAAGAACAAUAGAUAUGUCGGCCAUGAUGCCACGCCUUACGACCCGAGGCCAUUAAAAUAAAUUAGUGUGCUUAAAAAACUUUGUAAGUGAAAUAUAGUUACCUAAUUAAAUUAUUAACUAUGAAUCAGUAUUGUUCACAUGUAACUAAUGAAAGGAGACAAAACGAUUAUCGAACGACGCGAACACUUAGCCAUUAAUCUUACUUGUAAGUAUAAUUAAGUUUUUAAAAAUGUAAAAAAAAUGAUGCUCAUAAAUUAAGUUAUUUAAAGCAUAACUUAUAUGUUUGUAAAAUGAGUGUAACGAAUUAUAUAAAUUUAUGUUUUAUGAACAUGAUUAUUAUAAAAUCCAGAAUAACAUUUCAAUUGUGAAACUGCACGCUUAAUAUUCUUAAUUGUGUAAAUAUAAAUAUUGUUUAGAUAUAUAUAUGUAUGUUCAAUGGACAGUUAAUAAUUGAUCAAAAUAUUUAUAAUAUAUUUAGAUCAAGCAAGUGCCAUCACAAACAUUGUACCUACUAUAUUUAUUUUAUUGAAAAUCACAUAGUACCUAGUAAUAAGAUAAACGAGAACAAUGCAGCGAUUCCAAAAGUAUUCUUUCGGAUUAUGUAAAAUUUACAAAAAAAAAUACCGUUAACUUGAUAAUAAAACAGUCAAAUAAGGACAUUGUGACUAUCCGUUGAAUAUGCCCACGCCUCAAGGUGAAGGUCAAUGAACUCAUGUGUGGUGAUUUUGUCUGUAAAAGGACGAGUGUAGGUAGUUAAUGUAUUCAGACUAAAAAAGUGAUCCAGAUAAAAAACGCACUUAAUUUAACCACUGUUUAUAAAUGUUCACUCAAUUGUAGCUUGCUGCUAAACAAGAUUUCAAGACCUGAGGAUACAGAAUUUAAAAUGCAGUUAGUUAUUUUAAUAAUUUUAAGCAGUGAAAUUUUAUAUCAUAAACACAAACAUCACUAAACGCCAAGCUCCCGGGCACAAGGGAGCUAAUGAACUUACUCGAAAGUGUGAAGGUUGCUUUGACAGCGUCCGCCAUAACACCUAUAGUUGUCCUUGGCGCUGUGGGCACGACUAGUAACGACGACUAGGUAUUCUUGGCUUUCAAAAGGUUAAGUACAUGAUCCAUCCAAAAACAUUUGUAAGUGAAAUCUAUAAAUGUAUUAAACCACAACUCCAGCUUAUUCUUUUAAGAUUAAGGUCUAGAAAAUACCUAUAGAAACAGUCACAAAAUGGAAAAGAUAAUAUAUAAUAAGCCCCUAUAAUUAAUACUGUAAUUUUAAUAUUGGCUGUAGAUGCUCCACAUUAACUUAGAUUUAUGUUGGUGCAAGUCUUAUGUCGCGGCCAAUAAUUCUUCAUUACACCAUGAAAAUUGUCAAGGACUUAUUUGACUCAAGAUUGUAUCAGGAGAUGACAUAACUAGGUAUCAUAAGACAACAAUUUGAAUUGCAAAAUAUGACAGGCGGUGACAUCGCAAAAGUAUGGUAAACCUCUGUUACUUUCUUGAGUCAAAUUGGGCCUCGAUGAGACAAAAUGGCGACUUGUUGCCGCGACUACACGGGAAUUAAUUUAUACCUACUGACUAGUGUUCGUGUGCAAAAAAAAAAGCACAGUAAAACUUUUUUUAGUAUCUUAUAUGAGUAAUUUACAUUACCAUGUCAUAGAUUCUGUGCUCUCGAAUAUGUAAUUUAUUCUAACCAAUUAAAUAGCAAUUUGUUUGUCACUAAUUGUUUUUGUUAAAAUGGAAAAGUAUUACACAAUUAUAAUUAC